AUGGCCGCCAACGAUGGAGAAAAGCCCACGCCCGUGGCCAUUGUGGGAAUGGCAUGUCGCUUGCCCGGACAAGUCAGUAGCUUGGAAUCAUUCUGGGAACUGUGCUCCCGAGGGCGCAGUGGAUGGUCAGAGAUGCCUGAAAGUCGAUUCAAAGCUGCGGGCUUCUAUCACCCCAAUCCCGAUCGCGUGGGCUGUUUCAAUCCGAAAGGUGCUCAUUUCCUUGAAGAGGAUGUGGCAUACUUCGAUGCGCCCUUUUUCAACAUCACCGUGCAAGAAGCGCGGUCCCUCGAUCCACAGCAACGCUUACUCCUCGAGUGCUCAUACGAGGCAUUGGAAAAUGGUGGAAUUACCAAGGAAUCGCUCCGAGGCCGUGACGUGGGAGUCUUUGUGGGCGGAUCACCGUCGGACUAUGAAGUUCAGAACUACCGCGAUGUGGCGACUAUCCCCAUGCAUCACGCCACCGGGUGCGCGACAGCUCUCCAGUCAAAUCGCAUCUCUUACUAUUUCGAUCUGAAAGGUCCCAGUAUGACUGUGGAUACAGCUUGCUCGUCGAGUCUGACAGCCUUGCACCUGGCCUGUCAAAGCCUGAAAUCCAAAGAGUGUUCUGCAGCUCUCGUGGGUGGGUGUCAUUUGAAUCUGCUGCCAGAUCCUUUCGUGUCCAUGUCUCUAUCAAGGCUGUUUUCUGAGUCGGGAAGGAGCUUCCCCUUCGAUCAAAAGUCAAAGUCACAAGCAGUGAAUGGAUACGGCCGUGGGGAAGGCGCGGGAUGCAUCGUCUUGAAGCCGCUUCAAGACGCCAUCGAUGCAGGCGAUGCGAUUCGCGCCGUCAUUUGGAACACCGGUGUGAACCAAGAUGGGCGGACUCGUGGUAUCACAAUGCCAAACACUCUGUCUCAGGAGGAGCUCAUCCGCAAGGUGUACUUACAGGCACAAAUCGAUCCCGCAGAAACUGGCUACGUUGAAGCCCACGGGACGGGCACCACAGUCGGUGACCCAGCUGAGGCUCGCGCCUUGUCAGCAGUUCUCUGCGAUGGCACGAGUCGUCAAAGCCCGCUUCUCAUCGGAUCAGUCAAAUCAAACGUUGGUCAUACAGAGGGAGCGAGCGGAAUCAUUGCGGUCAUCAAGACCGCACUUAUUUUGGAGAGAGGUUUUGUCUUACCCAAUUGCGGUGUUACUCAACCAAAUGAAGAGAUUCCGAUGGAGCAAUGGAAACUGAAGGUCCCAAAGAAAAUGGCUCCUUGGCCAAAAGGGAAAAAAUAUGCCAGCGUCAACAACUUUGGUUUCGGUGGAACAAACGUGCACGUCAUCAUGGGCAGGCCCCCUUCGCUUCAAUCUCUAGACAGUGCAAACGGCACUCCGACGCAAGCCACAAGCAUUGGCGCGCAGGACGAACGUCGUUCAGCCAGAUAUGUUUAUGCAAUUUCGGCUCCCACCAAGAGAGCUCUUGGAGCGGUCGCGAAAAAUGUGAUCAACUACCUCGAGAAACACCCAGACGCUUACGACGCGUUUGUGAUGGGAAAUAUUGCUUAUACACUGGGACAAAGGAGAAGUUUGUUCCCAUGGAGAUCCGCCGUGUCUGCCUCAAAUAGCAAGGACUUGAUUGCUCUUCUCUCUGGUAACUUGGACAUCUUCGAUGGUUCAAAAGAGCCAUCUGUCUCGCUUGUUCUCACUGGUCAAGGUGCGCAAUGGUACGGUAUGGGACGAGAACUUCUUGCUGCGUCCCCCGUCUUUCGGGCGUCAAUACAAUUGAUUGAUGAGAUUUUGAACGCAUUGGAAAGCGAUGUGUCAAUAAUAGGUAGGCUCCCAGAUCUGAGAAUUCCCCAGAAGAUAGCUAACUUUUCCGAAGAUGAACUCCAAAAGGAUGCUUCUUGCAGCUCUCUUUACGAGCCCGCCGUCAGCCAACCUGCAUGCACAGCUCUUCAAAUAGGCCUCAUUGAUUUGAUGCGCUCAUGGGGAGUGAAUGUCCAGUCUGUUAUUGGACAUUCCAGCGGAGAAAUAGCGGCUGCUUACGCCGCCGGAAUUUUGGAUGUGCAGCAAUGCGUGAAAAUCGCCUACGCCCGAGGCGUCGCCGCACAAUCGCUCAAAGACGACUCAAAACAGGAGGAGGGAAUGAUGAUGGUCGCUGGUGCUAGUUCCACAACCCUUCAGCCAUAUAUCGACCAAGUGUCAGAUGGACGCACAGUCAUAGCAUGUAUUAACAGCGAGACAAGCGUCACAAUUUCCGGUGAUGCAGCCUCAAUCACAGAGCUGGACUCUGUGUUAAGCCAAGCCAAGAUUUUUACACGCAAGCUUCGCACGGGAGUGGCCUAUCACUCGCCCCAAAUGAAGCAAAUCGCCCAAAGCUAUCGCACGCUUAUGGGGGAAAUUGUUCCUAAGGCUUCAGGAAUCCCCUUCCACUCCACCGUGCGUGGCGACGUUGUGGACGCCUCGAUAUUGACCGAGGAUUAUUGGAUCGAGAAUCUUACCUCCCCAGUCCUUUUUUCACAGGGUCUGCGAAGCUUGGUCUCCGCCAUAGGAAGAGAUGAGACGGAGAAGCGGAAUCAUUUACUCAUCGAAGUUGGCCCUCAUCCAGCACUACAGUCCCCAUGUCUUAGCGUCAUACAGCAGGGCUCCGCGCAGGUUGAAUAUCACUAUCUUCCCAGUAUUAGACGGAACUAUGAUGCAGUCACUUCUAUGCAAAACCUUGCCUCGUCACUCUUUUCCAGAGGAGUCCUGGUCGACAUGGGGUCUAUUAAUGGUUUCCAGGCCUUUGGCGAGAAGCCUAAGUUGCUCACCAACAUGUUCAAUUACCCUUGGGACCAUUCAACUCGCCUCUGGCAUGACUCGCGAGUGACAAGAAAUUCGUCACACCCCCACUUCCCUCGCAAUGACAUUCUGGGAAGUUUCUGCAUUGAAAACAUCGACGUUGAGCCUCGAUGGAGAAACAUCAUCAGAGUGGACGAUCUGCCUUGGGUGAGACAACACAAGGUACAUGGCAAUUCAGUCUACCCGAUGACAGGGUUUUUGUCCAUGGCGGUCGAGGGUGUAUCCCAACUGGCGCAGCUGCAAAAUAUCCAGCUUGAGUGUGUCGAAUUGCGCAAUGUCAAAAUGCAGCGGAUGCUUGUGUUGUCUGACACAUCGCCAGUAGAGGUGAUGCUAUCCAUGAAGCUCCAAAAUGGGACCUCGAUGACCCAUGGGGCGUGGUAUGAGUUCUGGACUUACUCGUGGGCUGAUGGUCGAGGUUGGGAUGCGCACUGUCACGGAUUUAUUAUCGCCAGGGGUCCCGAGAAGUCAAAUCCCGUGACCAAAGCCAAGCUUGCUCUCGCUCAAAGUCUCUCUCUCUUUACCGAUCAGUGCACGCAGGAUGUCAAUCUGACCGAAGUUUACGCCAAUAUUGCUUCUACUGUCCUGGAUUAUGGACCCAUCUUCCGGGAAUUCUCCCGCAUCGCUCUGAGCGGGGAUGGAAAAUCCAUCGCGAACGCCAGAGUCCCAGAUACCAGCAGCUGCAUGCCAUUCGGUUAUGAAACCAAAUGUCUAGUCCACCCUGUCACACUUGACAUGUAUCUUCAGCAGUUCUGGUUUUUCUGCGGCUUUGAAAAAGCCGGACCAAACUUCUCCUACCUGGCACACUCCGUGGAGCAUAUGCUUAUUCCUGUAAACGAUACCGUGAAACCCGGCACGCCGUUCAAGCUGUUCACAACGCAAGACAGGAAAGUGAAGGACGGAGAAAAUGCGAGCUACAACGUGUUAGGAGUGGUCGAGGAGACAGGCGAGCCUUGGAUCACGGUGACUGGGUUCACUGCUACGCGAGUCAAGGAUGCCUCGACCAGCUUUGAUGAGUCUUUGAAGAAAUCUAUCUGCUUUCGAGAGCACUUUGAGCCAUGCCUGGAUCUUCUGCGGGAAAAUAGCCCUACAUUGAAGAACAACUCCAGGCUCGAUUUCAGACUUGAUGUGGAGCAAAUGCGUCUGUUAGAGCAAGCGUCCCAUUACUACAUAAGCAAGGCGCUCCUACAAGUGCCUGAACAACUUGACACAUUCUUAUCACACCAUAAAUUGCUUUAUCAGUGGAUGCGACGAGUCUGUCCACAGCCUGAGAAGUCUGUUCAGGAGGUUGACGAGCAGACACUGAGUGCAGUCCGCUCAAUGAGCGCUGCUGGAAAGCUGUCAUGCAAAGUCGGCGAGAAUCUUCCAGCCAUAUUGCAAGGUCAACAAGAAGCACUUUCUAUCAUGGUCGAAGAUGAUCUCUUGAAUCAGUACUACGGGAGUCUCGAUGGGUACCGUCGGAGCUAUGAAAAUGCAUCCUUGUGCAUUGAGAAGAUGGCACAUCAAAACCCAAAUAUGGAUAUUCUGGAGAUUGGUGCAGGGACAGGAUCCGCAACCCUCCCGGUCUUGGAAACAUUUGGUGGAAAGAAUGGGAAAAGUACUCCGAGAUUCAGUCAUUUCACUUACACUGACAUUUCGAGUGGCUUCUUCGAGAAAGCUCGCGAGAAAUUUCAUGACUGGGACUCCCUCAUGACUUACAAACGGCUCGAUAUUACCUCGGAUCCAAUCGAACAAGGUUUCACUGCGAAGUCCUUUGAUUUCAUUGUCGCAUGCAAUGUGUUACACGCGACUCCGAUGAUUCAUGAGACCAUCGCAAAUGUGCGCAAGCUCCUGAAGCCCGGUGGUAAACUUCUUCUGAUCGAAGAGACCAUGAUGCAUCAGCGACUUUUCCUUUUCGCAUGUCUGCCCGGUUGGUGGGCCAGUCAGGAUGGAAGACAGAGCAACGGUCCUCUACUGUCACAGGAAGAAUGGAAUGACGUCCUCGAACAGAACGGAUUCUCUGGUGUCGAUAUUUGCCUGCAAGAUUUCCCAGGUGCGUUUGAGGCCUCCAAUUGCAUGAUGGUCACGACCGCUGUUGAGGACUCCCAGGUCAGUGAGCAAGAAGUUGCCAUUGUUGAGCUAGGGACGCAAAACCGUGUUCCUGGGUGUGCUUUGAUUCAACCUCUCAAGGAAAUCGGGGUAGAAGCGUCCCAUACCCUGCCUAAUAUAGAAGAUGCCGUUGCACAUGGUAAAAUCUGCAUCUUCAUGUGCGAAAUCGGUCAAACAUUGCUUGACAAUUUGACUCAAAGCCAGUUUGAAGCCGUCCAGCGGUUGAUAUCAACCGCAAAGGGAGUUCUUUGGAUCAUUGGCCAUGAACGUUCGCCAAUUCAGUGUGCUAGUCAGAAGAUGGUACUCGGUCUGGCACGCACAGUACGCAAUGAGAUGGGUUUGCCAUUUGCCACAUUGGAUCUUGGCUAUCUCGAGGACCUCACAAGCAAAGAGGCAAUUCGACAUAUCAGAGAUGUUUUCAAGGCCGUCUUCAGCGAAUCUUCUUCGUCCAUACUCAUGCAUGCAGAUAUGGAGUUCAGUGUUCGAGCGGGCGAAGUUGGUGUUUCGCGCAUAAUCGAUGAUUCCGUCAUGAACCUGAGCAUGCUGCAAGGAGCAGGCCAAGCUCCCCCGCAGCUGCAGCCUUUUGAGCAAGUUGGCAGGCCCUUGGCGCUUAAGCUGACAGAUACCGGAGGUCUGGACGGAUUCUACUUCACAGAUGACAAUAUUGCAAAGAACACUUUGCAAGAUGGAUUUGUCGAGAUUCGAGUAUGCUACUCCGGUCUCAACUUCAAGGACAUCAUGAUGGUCAUGGGUGAGGUCCCUGGAAACGAUAUUGGAAUCGAGUGCAGUGGCAUUGUCACGGCUGUUGGUACAGGUGUUGAAGAUCUGGCGGCGGGUGACCGAGUUUGCGCCAUUUUCAAAGGAUGCUUCUCAAACUACAUUCACUGUCCCGCAAACAAUGUCUGGAAACUGCCUUCCGGUAUAGCCCUUGAUGUCGCAGCCACUAUUCCUGUGACAUUCUGCACAGCUUACUACUCGAUGAUUGAUGUGGCCCGACUUGAACCGGGAGAAAAUGUUUUGAUUCACUCUGCCGCCGGUGGGGUUGGACAGGCUGCCAUUCUUCUUGCGCAGUCGGUCGGAGCCAAUAUCUUUGCCACCGUGAGUACGCAGGAGAAGAAAGAGUUCCUUGUGCGGACCUAUGGUUUGAAAGACGACCACAUCUUUUACAGCCGAAACACCGGAUUUGGUCAAGCUAUUCGCAACGCAACUCAAGGACAUGGUGUUGAUGUCGUGUUGAAUUCUCUCAGUGGCGAUUUCCUCCGAGUUUCGUUUGAGACGCUAGCACCGUUUGGUCGCUUCGUGGAACUCGGAAAAAGAGACUUUUUGCAGAAUUCUCGACUUGAGAUGGCUCAUUUCCUGAAUAAUGUGUCCGUGUGCUCUGUGGAUCUAGUCAUUGUCAUGGAACGUAGGCCGAAGCUUCUCAAACGAUUGUUGGGAGAUGUGUUCCGAGAAUUUGGCCAGGACGUCUUCUGCCAACCUCCAUGGCCGAUAUCAACCUACUCAGUAUCUGACACCGAACACGCUUUCCGAGAGUUGCGAACCGGCCGUUUGAUUGGCAAAAUUGUGAUUGAGAUGAACCCCGACGCCCUUGUAAAGGUUCAUCCUCCCGCAAGAUCGGACGAUUUAGUCCGACAAGAUGCGACAUAUGUUGUCGUUGGUGGUAAUAAGGGAAUUGGACUAGAUAUCACUUCUUGGCUUGCCGAUAGUGGCGCACGGCACCUAGUCAUUGUGUCUCGCACUGGCCUUGUUGGCGAGCAAGCUCAGAAUCAGGUGGUUCAGCUCAUCAACAAGGGCAUCACCGUCAAAGUCUGCAAGUGCAGCGUGGAGAAUAAAGAUGAACUAGCAAAUGGCUUGAAACAUGCGCUAUCUGGUGUGCCCCCAGUACGCGGUGUUAUAUAUGGUGCAAUGAUCUUGCGGGACGUUCCCUUCGAGAAGAUGAGGUAUGCGGACUACAAUGCUGUGGUCACGACACGUGUACAAGGUUUGUGUAACGUGUACGACAUCAUUUCGAGUUCUAAUGACGAACUGGAUUUUGUCAUAAAUCUGUCUUCGGUAGCAGGUGUUGUGGGAAAUCUCACACAGGCUGCAUACGCAGCUACUGGGACUUUCAUGGAUGGCUUUGCCCAAGCUAUGAGCGAUGUAGGAGUGCCAUGCACCACCAUCGAUCUUGCUCCAGUACGAGACGUGGGCUAUCUGGCGAAGGACAAGAAAACUCAAGAGGUUGUUCAGGGUACCUUUGGUGGUAAUUGGCUGGAUGCAGAUGACAUUCACAACCUCCUGGCUAGUGCCAUCAAGGGCGUCAUCAAGAAAUCCUCCAACGGCCACUGUAUCACAGGGCUGGACUCCAUUCAGCUGGAUAGCGUAUCCGCUGGUCAGGCCUGGAUGAAAGACGCUCGCUUCUCCCAGCUGAUUCGGGCCGCCAGUGCCUCUGCCCCCUCGGAGUCUGGAGAUUUUUCCAAGUCUCUGGCAUUGGAGAACCCGGCGAAGGCGCUUCAACAAGCACAAAGUUUCGAGCAGGCUCAAGGUAUCAUUGCACAGGCCCUGCUGAAGAAGCUUUGCAGUCUUCUCAUGUUGUCAUUGGACGAUGUUGAUGUCUCCAAAUCAAUCUCGGCGUUCGGUUUGGAUUCACUUGUUGCGAUUGAGGUCCGUCACUGGAUCUCUCGUGAAUUCGAUGCUGGGCUUCAGCUUUUGGAGAUUCUUGCAAGUGACUCCGUGAAUGGAUUGGCUACGUUGAUCACGGGCAGGUCUGGGGUUCUUUCGGAAGAUAUGAGGACCGCGAGCGCCAUUUCGACACAUUGA